AUAAGGCUACUGGAAUCUAUAGCAAAACCUCAGAUGAUGAAGUCUUUAAAUACUUGGCAAAAGCUUAUGCUUCAAACCACCCCAUAAUGAAAACUGGUGAGCCUCACUGUCCAGGAGAUGAAGAUGAAACUUUCAAAGAUGGGAUCACAAACGGUGCACAUUGGUAUGACGUGGAAGGUGGUAUGCAAGAUUACAAUUAUGUGUGGGCCAACUGUUUUGAGAUCACAUUAGAACUGUCUUGUUGCAAGUACCCACCUGCUUCACAGCUUCAACAGGAAUGGGAGAACAAUCGUGAGUCUUUGAUCACAUUGAUUGAAAAGGUCCAUAUUGGAGUUAAAGGAUUUGUUAAAGAUUCGGUUACAGGAUCUGGUUUAGAGAAUGCAACUGUCUCAGUGGCUGGUAUUAAUCAUAAUAUCACAACAGGCAGAUUUGGUGAUUUUCACAGAUUACUUGUUCCUGGAACUUAUAACCUUACAGUAGUUUUAACUGGGUAUAUGCCAUUGACUGUUUAUAAUAUAGUGGUGAAAGAAGGACCAGCCACACAGGUGGAUUUUUCCCUUCGGCCAACUGUGACUUCACUAAUCCCUGAUACAACUGAGGCUGUCGCAACUGCUAGCACAGUUGCUAUACCUAAUAUUCCUUCUGAAACAUCAUCUUCCUACCAGCCAAUUCAGCCAAAGGACUUUCACCACCAUCAUUUCCCUGAUAUGGAAAUCUUCUUGAGAAGGUUUGCCAAUGAAUAUUCUAACAUCACUCGGCUUUAUUCAUUGGGAAAAUCAGUGGAGUCAAGAGAGCUUUAUGUGAUGGAGAUAUCUGAUAAUCCUGGUGUCCAUGAACCAGGUGAACCAGAAUUUAAGUACAUUGGAAAUAUGCAUGGAAAUGAAGUGGUUGGGAGAGAACUGCUGUUGAACCUCAUCGAAUAUCUUUGUAAGAACUUUGGAACAGACACUGAAGUAACAGAUUUGGUUCGUAGUACUAGAAUUCACCUUAUGCCAUCCAUGAAUCCUGAUGGAUAUGAAAAGUCCCAGGAAGGAGAUUCAAUAGGCGUAACUGGCAGAAACAACAGCAACAACUUUGACCUAAACCGAAAUUUCCCAGACCAGUUUGUUCAGAUCACAGAUCCUACCCAACCAGAAACUAUUGCUGUAAUGAGCUGGAUGAAGGCCUAUCCAUUUGUACUGUCCGCAAACCUGCAUGGAGGCUCUUUGGUAGUUAACUACCCUUUUGAUGAUGAUGAACAAGGACUUGCCACGUAUAGUAAAUCACCAGAUGACGCUGUGUUUCAACAAAUAGCACUUUCUUAUUCCAAGGAAAAUUCGCAGAUGUAUCAAGGUAGACCUUGCAAGAAUAUGUAUCCUAAUGAAUAUUUUCCUCAUGGAAUAACAAAUGGAGCUAGUUGGUAUAAUGUCCCAGGGGGUAUGCAGGACUGGAACUAUUUACAAACAAAUUGCUUUGAAGUGACUAUUGAACUAGGCUGUGUGAAAUAUCCACUUGAGAAAGAUCUGCCAAAAUUUUGGGAACAGAAUCGAAGAUCUCUAAUCCAGUUUAUGAAACAGGUUCAUCAGGGUGUCAAAGGAUUUGUCUUAGAUGCCACGGAUGGCAGGGGUAUAUUAAAUGCCACCAUUAGUGUUGCUGAAAUUAAUCAUCCAGUGACUACUUACAAAACUGGAGAUUACUGGCGUCUCUUGGUUCCAGGAACUUAUAAAAUCACAGCAUCUGCUCGAGGUUUGGGACAGAGCGCUGAAUAUCGUCACAUUUGGUCCCUUGAAAUCUCCAAUAAACCCAACAUAUCUGAGCCUGAAGAACCAAAGAUUCGUUUUGUUGCUGGUAUCCAUGGAAAUGCUCCAGUUGGAACUGAAUUGCUUUUGGCUCUGGCAGAAUUUCUCUGCCUGAACUACAAAAAGAACCCAGCUGUUACCCAAUUGGUUGACAGGACUAGGAUUGUGAUUGUCCCUUCUCUAAAUCCAGAUGGGCGAGAGAGAGCACAAGAAAAAGACUGUACUUCAAAGACAGGACAAACAAAUGCUCAUGGCAAAGACUUAGAUACAGACUUCACAAGUAAUGCCUCCCAGCCUGAGACUAAAGCCAUCAUUGAAAAUUUGAUUCAAAAACAGGACUUUAGUCUUUCUGUUGCUUUAGAUGGUGGUUCUGUGCUAGUGACAUACCCAUAUGACAAGCCAGUACAGACAGUGGAAAACAAAGAGACUCUGAAGCAUUUGGCAUCUCUUUAUGCAAAUAAUCAUCCAUCGAUGCACAUGGGUCAGCCCAGUUGCCCAAAUAAAUCAGAUGAGAAUAUUCCAGGGGGAGUAAUGCGUGGAGCAGAAUGGCACAGUCACCUGGGCAGCAUGAAGGAUUAUAGUGUCACCUAUGGCCAUUGUCCAGAAAUCACAGUGUACACAAGCUGCUGCUACUUUCCUGGUGCAGCACAGCUCCCUUCCUUGUGGGCAGAAAAUAAAAGAUCUCUUCUUAGCAUGUUGGUGGAGGUUCACAAGGGAGUUCAUGGAUUAGUUAAAGACAAGACUGGAAAACCAAUCUCUAAAGCAGUUAUUGUACUCAAUGAAGGAAUAAAGGUACACACAAAAGAGGGAGGUUAUUUUCAUAUACUGUUGGCUCCAGGUGUCCAUAACAUCAAUGCUAUUGCUGAUGGGUACCAGCAACAACAUUCACAGGUCUUUGUGCAUCAUGAUGCAGCUAGUUCUGUGGUAAUAGUCUUUGAUGCAGAUAACCGGAUAUUUGGUUUACCAAGGGAGCUUGUGGUAACUGUAUCAGGUGCCACUAUGUCAGCAUUGAUCCUAACAGCUUGCAUUAUUUGGUGCAUCUGCUCGAUCAAGUCUAACAGACACAAGGAUGGUUUUCAUCGGCUCAGGCAGCAUCAUGAUGAGUAUGAAGAUGAAAUUCGCAUGAUGUCAACAGGCUCCAAGAAGUCCCUCCUAAGCCAUGAGUUCCAGGAUGAAACAGACACUGAAGAGGAAACAUUAUAUUCUAGCAAACAUUGAAAAACACACUUUGCGUAUCUCCCAGCAUAAGUACCAAGCAAAAUUACAGUUCCUCUUGGGAGACUCUGCAUUAAGAAGAGAGACUCUUGCUUCUUCAAAGAGCUUUGGGAAGUUAACUUGCUAAAUUUGUAUUCUCUGUGAAUUUCACUGGCAGUUUGGAACUUCCCUUCCGUAAAGUACUCUUAACCUUUAAAAAAAUCUGAUUUCUGUUUAUGCAGCAGAGAUGGGACAGGCACUUUGUUUUUCUUUUUAUUUAAGAUGAGCUAUUUAGAGCUUAUGUAAUAACAGCGUCAAGCCAACUAGUGAAUGUUGUAUUUUGCACAUCAGGUGUUUACUAGUGGCUCUAGCUUUUUUUUCUUUAUUUUAAAUGGCCAAAAGAAUCCAGAAACAUUAAGGCAGGGACAGCAGUCAGAAUCUGACAUAAAGCUUUAAAAACUCGAGGUUUUCUCAAUCUACUGAGGAGUACUUUUCUCUAGUUAUUAAAUAGCUGGAGUUUCUCUUAUUCAGGUUUAAUGGAGGUUGAAUUGAGUUUUAAACAUGUAUAACAUUGGGAAAUGAAUAAAAGUGCUUCCGUAUUUGGCUUUCUACCUGUUCCAAAGCUAGAUCAGAACUGUUGGGCUGUGCUCUAAGCAGGAUUUCACUACCUCUCUUGUAAGGUUUAGCAAAGUUCUAAAUAUCCCCAUUUUAAGGGAAAACUCAGUAACUUUGUUGUGAAAGACCUAAAUGUGCACUUGAAUGGAGCUGAGAGGGAGAUCUAGCAAAAGCUGAAACUCAUGUUGCCUGUCUUUUCACUUUGUAAAAACCCACAGGUGCUGCUACUUUUAUCUGUGAAGCACUAGUUUAUUCUAGGAAUGCCUAUUUCUUUAAUAUUUCCUAAAUUUGAGCCUUUUUCUACAUUGUACACUUAUGGUUUUCAGAUGACCCAGCCAUCCAUAAGAUCUGAAUUCUACUGAAAAUAUCUGGAAAUGUGGAAGAGACCUACUUGCACAUUCUUAACCUACAUUUGAAUACAAAAUAUCUACGCUUCAUGCUCCAGCCCAAGUCUACGCCCUGUAAUAGCAUACUGUUAUUGAAAUAGCUCGGCCAGUCUUGUUCACAUAGGCCUCUGCAAGUGAUUGGGUUCUUUGUCCUAAUGUUUCUUUUGACAGUCUCUUUUUUAUCAACCAAUUGUGUUAGAAGUUUAAUUGAAAACUUUUAAAUAUGGCUCCUUUAAAAAAAUGGAAACUAUAGACUGCCAUGUGAUAUAACACUAUGGUGUGAAAGUGUCAUCUUCACUGCCAGUCAGGCAAAGACCUGAAAGAUUUGCAUUUUAUUGUUUCUGUCUUAUCAUGCUAGUCAAUGGAAAUUAUGCUUUUUGUAAGUAUGAGUCUUACCAAUGAUCUAAUGGUUUAAUACCUUUGAAUGUUUUAAUGGCCAAGUUGCUGCUGAAUUUGUACUAAAUCAGGGGAUCAUCUUUUCAAAUUGUAUUCUAUAUCCGUUAAUGUAUCAAUUAUCCCAAAGCCUUGUGUGGAGUGGUUUACCACUCAACUAGGUCAUUCAACCAGGUUUUGUGAGGAAUGCAUCCAAAGUGGCUUUAUAAAAAGAGAUUUCAUUUAGCAGGAAUAAUGAGGUCAUGACCUCAUUGUUGUUAGUAAGUGUGAUAAAUUUUGGUGGUACAAGGUUAAGCCAUUCUGGUAUUAAUCCUGGUAUUAGCAACUCUGAAUUCUGCCACCUCAUUCUCAUCCCACCAUAUACGCCAAACAGAGCUUAUGGGAUGCUAAUAGUUGAUAAAAUAUACAUGCUUUAAUUUCUUCUAAUAAUCCUUUAUGUUUUCUUAAGGGUGUAUUGCUCUUUUUCAGCUUUAUUUUGAAGAGUGUAACAAGAGAAAACCAACAAGGGGCCUGCGAGUGACUGGCCCUCCUUGGGACACUGCAGCUAGAAAUGAAACAAAGUUGAUGUGAUAGCCUUUGCUUUAUUAAUAUAGGUAUUCACUAGAGGAUAUCUUUUACAUGUACUUCUCUCUUGAAUUAAACAUGUCCUUAACUGUACAUCUCAGUGGCUGGAGGUCAUGACUUUUAAGCAUGUGUAAAACUUUUUUAGAAAUGAACAUACAAAUAGUUCUUUUAGUAAUUUUUCCUGAAAGGAAAACCAAAUUCUUAUAUAAAUCUUGAGUCUUUAAUGAAUUUCUAAAUAAUGCAUUUAGCUGGAAAACAAGGCCUUCUCAGCCCGCGUUACCUAUGAACGUGAAUGUAUAGGACCCAUGACUACUAAGACUGUUUUCUCAGCCCUGCUCUGUCUUUAAUUUGUGGAUCUAAUCUAAUAUUAGACCACAUUAACUGCUUAAGGCAUUGAAGCCAUACGGGAUGGGGAAUGCAUUUCUUCAGUGUUUCUCCUAGAGACUUUUCCAUUUCCUUGGAGUCAUGGAGGCAAGUAUCACAGUAUUAAGAAAUUUGCCCAAAUCUGAGUUGUGCCUUUCUUUACUCACAAGACCUGGUUUUUGUCCUGGUGACCAGUUUGUAAGCCUUUUUCCCUACCAGCUCCUUAAUAAAAGCGAAGUGAUUGAGUAGGUAAUGUUCAAAGUGUCUGCCUGUGUAAAUGUACUUGUACUGUUAUGUAGCUCAGUAAGAUGAGGCCAAGUAAUUUUAGAAGGAAAGACCCUUUGGUUUUGAUGUAUUUUUCAGAACACUCGGGCAGUGAGUGGGAUCCCAUCCAGUUGAGGAAUGCUUACGAUUCUCAUUGAAGGGAAUUUGCUUUGUAACUUGGUCAUCUUCCAGAAAGGAAACAUAUGUAUAUUUGGCCCAGUGUGAUUGAUUGGUUAAUCUUUGGUAACUUUCACCUGAAUGGGAUUUGCUGAAUUAAUGAAUAUUGAACUUAAAACUAAUGAUAAGUUGACAAAUAAAUAAAAGGUAGUGCUUAUGUCUGAGCUUAUUGUGUUUCUGAGCUAACACCAGGUUACUCAGUAACCAUAACCUGCUCUUCCAUUUUCAUUUAUUCUCAGCAUUAAUUUUAUCUUCUUGUUGCCAGAAAUGCAUGUAUGCAGUUUUGUCUCUGCUGUAUUAGAAGCUUUUUGGCUUUGAAUGCUGUAAUAGUGCCCUAUGUAAUGGUUCUCUGGUGGAAUUGCUUUAUCAGUAGCAACCCAGCAUUUAUCCUAUAUUUUUGCUUUAUUGUUAUUACUAAAAAUUCCACUAUGGUUGAUGUUCAGUGGUUUAUCUACCAAGUUUUUGAUAACUCUUUGGGUAUCUGAUUUGUUUUAAUUAAGGCAGAUUUUUGGGGGGACGAUUAAGGUCCUUGAUUAAUGUCAACUGAACUUGGAUUUCUAGUUCACGAGGAAAUCUUUCCCAACACUCAUUUCUCCUAUUUUUAGCAAUAAUUCAUUAAUGAUUCCACCUGACUUUCAGAAUAUUGUCAUGGCUGAUUUUGAUUUGACAGAAUACAUUAUGAAAUUUUAAAGUAGGUUACCAUUUUGAGGCAAUUGGAUAUAAAUUAUGUAAAUAUGUAUGAUUAUAAUUUUUAUAAAUGGCAUAACGUGAGUGUACUAGCUACAUUCUGUGCUGGCCAUGCUGCAGAUUUUCUGGAGGUAUGACAUAAUGGUAUAUUUUUAUGCUCAGAUUAAAAAGCAACUUUUCACCUCUCCAGUUUUUCAGAACGAUACUCCCCAGCUUCAGAACAAUCUGUAGCUAUUUAUAUGAGGUGUCCAAUACCCAUUCAUUUUAAGUGCUUCAGUCUUUGGUUUAUUUCAUGCACUGUGCCUUUAAAAUAAAACUUUUAAAAGGAACUUUAAAUGAAAAUGAAUAGUAGUUUUAAAAAGUCAAUCUGUGUAAUUUAUGUGAACUCUUAACUGUAAUGAGGUCCUUUCUGUUUUUAUAUGUAAACAGAUCUACUAAUCCUGCAUAAAAGUUAUUUUAUGAUGUUUGUC